CAGGUGAACGAGUGCUUUGUUUUCAUGGACCUCUCCUUUAUGAAGCAAAGUGUGUAAAGGUUGCCAUAAAGGACAAGCAAGUGAAAUACUUUAUCCAUUACAGUGGUUGGAAUAAAAACUGGGAUGAAUGGGUUCCAGAAAGCAGAGUGCUCAAAUACGUGGAUACCAAUUUGCAGAAACAAAAAGAACUUCAAAAGGCCAAUCAGGAACAAUAUGCAGAGGGGAAGAUGAGAGGUGCUGCUCCAGGCAAGAAGACUUCUGGUCUGCAGCAGAAAAAUGUUGAAGUGAAAACAAAAAAGAACAAACAGAAAACUCCAGGAAUUGGAGAAGGGAGCAGUACCAGUGAGACUCCUCAGCCUCCGAGGAAGAAGAGGGCUCGAGUAGAUCCAACGGUUGAAAGUGAAGAAACAUUUAUGAACAGAGUUGAAGUAAAGGUGAAAAUCCCAGAAGAGCUGAAACCAUGGCUGGUAGAUGACUGGGACUUGAUCACCAGGCAGAAGCAGCUCUUCUAUCUUCCUGCCAAGAAGAAUGUUGACUCCAUUUUAGAGGAUUAUGCAAACUACAAAAAAUCACGAGGAAAUACUGAUAACAAGGAGUAUGCAGUCAAUGAAGUUGUGGCUGGAAUUAAAGAAUACUUCAAUGUCAUGCUGGGAACUCAACUACUGUACAAGUUUGAGAGGCCCCAAUAUGCUGAAAUCCUAGCAGAUCACCCAGAUGCUCCAAUGUCUCAAGUCUACGGUGCCCCACACCUACUGAGGUUAUUUGUCCGAAUUGGAGCUAUGCUUGCUUACACUCCUCUGGAUGAGAAGAGUCUGGCUUUGCUGUUAAACUACUUGCAUGACUUCUUAAAGUAUUUAGCAAAGAAUUCCUCUGCGUUGUUUAGCGCCAGUGACUAUGAAGUAGCCCCUCCCGAGUAUCACCGGAAAGCAGUAUAAUACCGUGCUGCUUUACCAUGAAGUGAUAUUGGAUCCUUGUAGUACUGUCCACUUCUGCAUCUUGUUCUUCAUCUUUCUAUUGCACAUGUCUCUAUUGCACAAAUUAUGUAAACACAAAGUGAAUAAAGUUAGUGUGUUUGAAAUGGAACUGGCAUUUGUAAGUUCUGAAGAUUUCUUGUCCCGAAAUGGAAGCUUGGAGUUUCACGGGAACUCUUUGGUGUUUCUGGCUUGCUACUGUUGUUUGCAUCAAUGGAAUGUAAAGAAUGCAUUAUGAUAUUUCAUUGUAUGAACUCUCCAGUGCUCGUGGGUCUGUUUUCACAUUAAGAUUUGCUUCACUAAUCUGCUUUAUUGCAUAGUAAUGACAAACACAGACCCUCAGUCCCAUGAGGGUUGUGAUCACCUAGUGUUGGUGCUAUUGAUUAGUCUGACUUUCAAACCCAUUCACUUUCUUGGUGUUGGAAGUAAAAUGUGUGGUCCAUAACUGUGUGCUUUUAUUUAGAUAGUUGAAGGACUGUGACUUUUUUUAUAUUCUAACAAUAGG